AGGGGGCGCCAAACAGCACAUUAGAACCCGGAUUACAGCUCUGGUGUUUCCGGUGUUCGUCUACACGUGAGUGCGCGGAGAGAACAGAACCUGGAAAAACAUGCUGGAGCAGCUGGGUCUGAUCGGAACCCUCCGGGACGAAGACCAAAGCCCGGAGGAACCCGAUACCGAGUCAGAACCAGAGGAAGGGCCGAUUGUCCUGAACAGGAAGAAGAAGCAGGGCUCCCGCAGCUGCAGAGACUUCAACUGCGACUUUGAGUUUGUGGAAACAGACCAUCCGAGCCGCGAUGAAGACUGGGCCAUGGCAGACGUGAUGUCCCAGCUCAAGAAGAAGAGAACCAUGACGACUCUGGACCAGAAAAUAGAGAAAAUCCGAAAGAAGAGGAAAGCUGAGGACAAGCAGAGUCACAAAGAAGAAAAUCCUUCAGCUCCUGAGGAGGUGGAAGAGGAGAAGGAGGAGGAGGAAGAGAAACCAAUAGCAGAAGAGGACGAGGAGGAUGAUGAUGAUGAUGAAGAUGAUGAUGAUGAUGAUGAGUUUGGUUCCAGUGAUGAGGAAGUUCUGACUAAAUCAGACACCCUGAGAGAAAAAGGCCGACGAGGAAAGAAGAGAAAGGCAGCAGAGGAGGCUCCUGAGUCGUUCCAUGAAGAUGCGUCUCAGUUCGAUGAUCAGCUGACCUUUGAUGACAUGAACCUGUCCAGACCCAUCCUGAAGGCUAUCACGGCUUUGGGCUUCAAACAACCCACUCCCAUCCAGAAGGCCUGUGUUCCGGUGGGCCUGCUGGGCAGAGACUUGUGCGCCUGUGCUGCGACUGGGACAGGAAAGACGGCAGCCUUCAUGUUACCUGUGCUGGAGCGUCUGAUCUACAAGCCCAGAACCUCCCAAGUGACCCGAGUCCUGGUUUUAGUUCCUACCAGGGAGCUGGGGAUCCAGGUGCACUCGGUGGCCCGGCAGCUGGCCCAGUUCACCUCCAUCACCACCUGCUUGGCUGUCGGGGGUUUGGACCUGAAGUCUCAAGAAGCAGCAUUGAGGGCGGGGCCAGAUGUCCUGAUAGCAACUCCCGGUCGACUCAUUGAUCACCUUCACAACACGCCAAACUUUGAACUGAGUCACAUUGAGAUCCUGAUUCUGGACGAGGCGGACAGGAUGCUGGACGAGUACUUCGAAGAACAGAUGAAGGAGAUCAUCCGCCUGUGCUCCUACAACCGACAGACCAUGCUGUUCUCCGCCACCAUGACAGAGGAGGUCAAAGAUCUUGCUGCCGUGUCGUUGAAACAGCCAGUCAGGAUUUUUGUGAACAGCAACACAGACGUGGCGCCGUUCCUGCGGCAGGAGUUUAUCCGGAUCCGACCGCACAGAGAAGGAGACCGAGAGGCCGUGGUGGCGGCUCUCCUGACCCGGACCUUCCAGGACCACGUGAUGGUGUUCACGCAGACGAGGAAACAGGCGCACAGACUGCACAUCCUGCUAGGCUUGAUGGGCCUGAAAGUCGGAGAAUUGCACGGAGAACUAAGUCAAAAUCAGAGACUGGAAAACCUGAGGCGUUUCAAAGAUGAACAGAUUGACAUCUUGGUGGCCACAGACGUAGCAGCUCGAGGUCUGGACAUCGAUGGGGUGAAGACGGUCAUAAACUUCACUAUGCCAUCCACCGUCAAGCACUACGUCCACCGCGUAGGCCGCACGGCAAGGGCCGGCCGCUCCGGCCGCUCUGUGUCUUUGGUUGGCGAGUCAGAGCGGAAGAUUCUAAAAGAAGUGGUGAAGUCGGCUAAAAACACUGUGAAGGCUCGAGUCCUGCCGCCAGACGUUGUCCUGAAGUUCAGAGAUCUGAUCUGCAAACUGGAGAAAGACGUGGAGGCUGUGGUGAGGCUGGAAAAGGAAGAACGAGAGCUGGCUGCUUCUGAAGCUAAGCUCAGUGUGGCACAGAAGCGUCUGGAUGGCUCCGCUUCUACCUCCGAGUCUCAGCGAGUUUGGUUUCAGACUCAGCAAGAGAGGAAGCAGAGUCGUGUGUCAAAGGCUCUGCAGGAGUUCGACUUCGCCCUGAGAGGGAAGAAGAAGAGAGAGAAGUUUGUAAAGGACGCCAAGAAGAAAGAACUUUCUUCUGAGGAGCGCGCUCAGUUCGAGAUCCUGAAGGCGCAGAUGUUUGCUGAACGAGCUGCAAAGAGGGAGAGGCGGCCGAAGAGGGCCAGAGCGAUGGCCGAAGAGGAGGCUCCAGUAAAAGCACCCAAUCAGAAGACAGGAGGAGGAGGAGGGAAGAAGUCGGUGUUUGAUAAGGAGCUGACAAACACAAGCAGGAAGGCUUUGAAGCAGUACAGAGCUGGACCAUCAUUUGCAGACAGGAAGCGCCUUGGGCUGGACAGGAAGCGUGCCAGCAAUUCCCGGUUCAACAAGAAGAAGAAGAAGUGAGGAGAAUCUUUCACCAAACUGUUUUUUUUGUUCUUU